AUGGAGUCAUCCGAGGACUCUACGCCAUCCGUGACGGACGAGAGAAAGAAUCGGCAUAAUACCCCACCGCGCUGGAAACGAUUCUUCGGAGGAAGUUCGCAAGAAACUCCAGAGGGCAGCGAUGAGCCCACGUACCGUGCAAAGUCAACUCUGGGCAUUCUCAGUGACCGACAGACCGACGAGGUACCUGGAACAAUCCUUCUUCUUUCAGCGGAUCGCAAUGAACCACUGGGUAUGAGACAUCAACCAGAACGCCUGUCGACCUCGUCAAUCCCCUCUACCAACCCGCCUUCGCGCUCCUCUUCCCGAUCCAGGGCACCUCCCCAGCGGAAGAAAACGGCCGAUGGACAGAUUUUGCUGGAACCACAGCCCGAUGACUCCGUCAAUGACCCGCUCAAUUGGCCUGUGUGGCAGCGAGAUGGUGCAUUGAUCUCUCUUGGACUUUACUGCUUGAUCGGAGGAGGUAUGACACCUAUCUUGGCCGCAGGAUUCAGUAGCGUCGCAAACACCUACGACGUCUCCAAACAACAAGUCGCUCUCACCACUGGUCUUUACAUGUUGGGCCUCGGUAUAGGAUCCGUGAUUAUGUCUCCAACUGCCAUUCUUUUUGGAAAGCGCCCUGUCUACCUCCUCGGAGCGAUACUUUUCGUACUCUCCGCAGUCUGGUGUGCACUGUCUCCCAACUAUGCGAGCUUGGUGGUCGCUCGCAUCUUCCAGGGUAUUGCGGUCAGCCCAGUGGAAUGUCUACCCUCUGCCACCAUUGCCGAAAUCUACUUUCUCCAUGAGCGGGCAUAUCGUGUCGGCGUCUACACGUUGUUGCUACUAGGUGGAAAGAACCUUGUCCCACUAGCUAGUGCUGCCGUGAUUGCAAAUCUUGGAUGGCGCUGGGUGUUUUGGAUCGUUGCCAUCAUCGUUGGCGGGUUCUUCUUCUUGCUAUUCUUCCUCGUCCCGGAGACCUUCUGGGAUCGGACUCCCCGCCCUCGCACUCGUCGCUCCCGCAAGCGCCCCGGAGCCCAUCGCACCAUGUCUGAUCUUGUUAGCCACGGAUUCCACCGGGGCCGUCAACCGCCUGUCCCGCCUCCCGACGAAUCGACGGAGCCAAAAGAAAACAGAGAGGAUCAUCGACACACCAGGAAAAACAAGAAUGCGCACGUCGGGUUUGCCGAGGAUGAAGCUGACAAUGAGAAGCAACACCUCGAUGAUAGAGCAACCUUCGAUACCUCGCAGACAUCCGCAGCUGAGGAAUCCAUUACUACACCACCCGCCACCCCGGCCGUGGAGAGAAAUGACGGCCUUGCUCGCCCGCCCUUGGCAGUCAUCUCGCCUUCAAGUCCAAGUGACAUGGAGGCCGGUCGGAACGAAGCUCUCUCGCCAGCGCGCAGUGAAUCACACUCACCCGGGGCCAUCACCGGAUCCAUGCACUACACGAACCGUCUACGCGAUCGACCAAAAAUCAGAUAUACCCAACAAUUGAAGGUGUGGAACGGGCGAAUCGCCAAUGACUCCUGGGUGAAGGUUGCAAUUCGACCUUUUAUCCUAUUCGCCUACCCGUCCGUUCUGUGGUCGACGGCCGUUUACUCACUUUCCGUCGGAUGGCUGAUCGUGGUGUCCGAGUCCGUCUCCGUCAUCUACGAAAAUUCCGACCACUACGGCUUCACUGCGCUGCAAACCGGUCUCAUCUACAUCUCACCGUUCAUCGGUGGCUUACUUGGCACCGCCGUGGCCGGCAAAGUGUCGGACAUGGUUACGAAAUUCAUGACCCGACGUAACGGCGGCAUCUACGAGCCCGAGUUCCGUCUGGUGAUGGCAAUCCCCAUCGCCCUCUCGACCGUCAUCGGAUUGAUGGGCUUCGGCUGGAGUGCACAGCUGAUGGAUGCGUGGAUCGUGCCCACCAUCUUCUUCGGCAUGAUCUCAUUCGGCUGCUGUCUUGGUAGCACAACCGCGAUUACCUUUUGUGUGGACAGCUACCGCCAAUAUGCCGGCGAGGCGCUGGUCACAUUGAACUUCAGCAAGAACGUGCUGCACGGCCUCAUCUUCUCCCUUUUCAUUGUGGACUGGAUUCAAUCCGAUGGCUCUCGGACGGUGUUCUUGGCGAUCGGCGGGAUCCAGAUCUUCUUCUUGCUCAUGACCAUCCCGAUGUACAUUUACGGCAAGCGGGCUCGCAUGUGGACGGUUCGCAAGCGCUUGAUGGAGCGAUUUUGA